UUAUUACAGAAAAUGAAACGAAAAGAGCAAUCUAUGAGGCAUUGCAUGUUUUUAAAAAAAUGAAUCCAAACCUUUCUCCUAAAUUUUGCAUGACAGAUUACUGUAAUGAGGAAAUUGAUGCAUUGGAAGAAACUUUUCCUGAUUGUAAAGUUUUGGUCUGCGAUUUUCAUCGGGAACAGGCCUGGGAGCGUUGGUUGGUAAAAGUCUCAAUGGUUGUGCUAAUCACAAAUCCAAUAUCCUGCUCAAACUGAGAAAAAUUGCUCAUUCAACAACUAUAAAUGCUAUGGAGUUAGCUGUAAUGGAUUUGAAACAAUCUGAUUUUUGGAAUAACGAAAACUUUUUAAAGUUAAGAAAGUAUAUAGAAACUUAUUGGUUACCUAUCAAAGAGCGUUGGGUUUGGGCAUACCGUCAAAACCACCUACUUGUUAAUUUAAACACUAACAAUGGAGUGGAGAGGCAAAACAAAUCUUUUAAAUAUUUUUACCUCCAACGAUUUAAAAAUUAUUCAUUAACUGGAAUGCUAACAAUCUUAAUUGAAGAGUUUUUUAUAGAUAAAUAUCAAAGCUAUACUGAAAAGAACUUCAAAAUGGACUCGAGGUAUCGUCGAUACGCAAAAAUAAUACCAAAUUUUUUAAUAAAUAGGCCUCGUGCAUUGGUCAAGCAUUGCCUUCAGAAAAUCAGUUUAGCUGGAAGCAUUGAUUUAUCUAAAGUCACAAUGAUAAACCAUGGGGUUUUUUCCAUUAAAAAUAAUAAAGAAAACUACCAAAUUAAUUUUGGAAAUGAUAGAUCUAUGCCUAACUGCACAUGUCCUUCCUGGCGUUCAUCUUGCUUUCCCUGCAAGCAUUUUUUUGCCAUUUUUAGAAAGUUUCCACUCUGGCAAUGGGAUGCAUUGUCAGAACUCUAUCUUAAUUCACCAUUCUUAACAUUAGACAAUGAAGAAAAUACUUUACCUGACAAAAUAAAUUGUUUUCAAAAUAAAGAAACUUUGUAUGCAACAAAUGAAUGUGACAUUAGUUUACCAAUUUCUAAAAAUCUAGACUUGUCUGAAGAAAUAAAUGCCAAAAAAAUGUGUAAUAUUGAUUUAAAAAAAGAAAGUGUUUCUGCUGGGGACUGUAGGGAGCUCAUUAGUUUAAUUAAAAAUCAUUUCUAUGAGGUCAACAAAAGUACCAGUCUUUUUACAGAAGUAUAUAGCCUGUUACUGAAAGCGUCAAAGCUUCUACAAGAAAAUACUACCCACGAGAGUGGCAUACCUAUUAUUCAGCAACAACAUGUUAAAAACUUUAAACUUUUAGACUUGCCAAAAAAGCGUAAAAAAAAAACAUAUUCUAAUCGCUGUGGAUUGGCUAAGGAUAAAAAAAUAGCUGAUGGCAAAAUAAAUGUUACAACAUUUACAUGCCAUGACGUCAAUGUGGAGGAGGAAGUAGUUAUUGAAGACAUGGAGCUAGAUGGCCUUACUUCAUUUACUUCUAAUGUACCCGAUGUGUAUGUACAGUCAGAAGGAGAAUUUGAGAAAAUGUUAGUAAUAAAAGACAACAUUGAAGAUUCCUCCUAUAUUUUAAAUUCUUGUUUUGAUAUUCCCAGACAUGACUUUGAAGCGAUUGGUAGCAAUGAAAUGCUAACUGACAACAUCAUUAAUGCUGCACAGGGCAUGUUUUUGUAAUGGAUAGUUAUUUUAGAGGUAAACUUAGCCAUGCCACAAUGAGACAAAUAUGUUCAAUAAUUCGUUGCCCAUUAAGUAAAAUUAAAGUUACAGUUUUACCAGUUCAACAACAGACAAAUGGUAUUGACUGUGGCAUCUAUGCAAUUGCUUUUGUACAAUACCUGUUACAUUUUAAGGACUAUCCCACAAAUGUGAAUUUUGAUCAAACAAAACUGAGAACCGAGCUGCUUAACUCUUUUAAAAACAACUAUUUAAGUUUGUUUUCAACCACAACAAACAAUGUCAGACGAAAUGUUGAAAAGGAGAUAUAUUUAGAUUUAUACUGCACUUGCAGAAUGAUUUGGGUCCCAUCAGAUAAAAAUAUAUUUGGAAGGCACAUGGUAGAAUGUUCAGGAUGUUUGCAGUGGUUUCACAGAAUGUGCGAAAGAAUUUCAGAUAAUGUUCUUAAUGAUGACAAUAUCAACUGGCAUUGUUCAACUUGUGAUAAAAUAAAAUAAUGAUACUUCAGU